GUUUCCAGUAUGGCUUUGCACUGAAGGCAUGCGAUAUUUAUUUAAGAAAUAUUUUCAUUUAUUACGUUAGUUAAUGCGUGAUUUCAGACAGUAUUGUGUAUUUCAUCUACGCGCUCGCGAUGGGUUUACUGACUAUCUUGAAGAAGAUGAAACACAAGGAGCGUGAAAUGCGUCUACUCAUGCUUGGUCUUGAUAAUGCGGGGAAAACAACUAUCCUAAAGAAGUUCAACGGCGAAGAUGUCAGCACAAUCUCUCCAACAUUAGGCUUCAACAUCAAGACUCUUGAGCACAGAGGGUUUAAGCUGAACAUCUGGGAUGUGGGUGGUCAAAAGUCAUUGAGAUCGUACUGGAGGAAUUAUUUCGAGAGCACAGAUGGACUGGUGUGGGUAGUGGACAGUGCUGACAGACUGAGACUGGACGACUGCAGAAAAGAGCUGAAUGCCUUACUACUAGAAGAGCGAUUAGCAGGAGCCACUCUGUUAGUUUUUGCCAACAAGCAAGACCUACCUGGUGCUUUAUCAAAAGAUGGCAUUCGAGAGGUUUUAGCCCUUGAUGAUAUUAAGACCCAUCACUGGUGUAUUGUGGGAUGCAGUGCUGUAACAGGCGAGAAUCUGCUUUCAGGUGUGGAUUGGCUACUAGAUGAUAUUGCAGCUCGGAUCUUUACAACGGACUAAUGGACACACAUUUAGCCUUUAAAUGGACAGUAAAGGAGCAGCAUGUUGGACUGCACGUGUAAUGCAAAUGUGCUGAAGAUAGUGGUCACAAACUUAAAAAAUAUUGUUAAGCAGCUGUGAAAAACUAAUUUACCAUAAAUACACAACUGUUUCACAAAAUCUGCUGGGGUAUCUUGUUCCAUUUAAAGCUUCUGCUGUUUAAAUAGUUACAGCUCAGUGAAGCCUUUCUCUUAUCGAUGUUACAAAUAGGUGGGCAGUUAAUUUUUCCAUGAAUCCUUCAGAUCUGGAUUUCAACUUCACAAAAGACCAUUAAAAAGACUUUGCAUUAAAA